UACUCUGUACAUACACGUUUUUCUACACAUGUAGGCCUACUUAUUGUGUCUUUUUAUUGUUUAUUCCUCCAAACAGGGAGCUCCACCUCUAUCACUGCGCAGCAGCGGUGGAUCCCGGUGCACUUGGAGUCCUCCAGGAUCGUCUUGAGAUCCUCCACCUCAACUUCACCCAAGCAUCAGAGAUCCCGAGCUGGGUCCUCUCCCUCCGCAGCCUGCAUGAGCUCCACCUCUCUGGCCGCCUAAACAGCGAAGGCGGGGUUGGCCGCAGCUGGGCGUUGGGCAGCCUCCGCCAACUACGUCACCUCCGUGUGCUGGUGAUCCGAGGCAUGUUACAGCGGAUCCCAGGGGAGCUGUGUGAGGUGACAGGCAGCUUGGUGAGGCUGGACGUCUACAACGAGGGCACUAGGCUGCUUGUGCUGACAGGCUUGAAGCGGAUGGUCGACCUGACCGAGCUGCUACUGCAGGACUGCCGCCUGGAGCGUUUGCCCUCCGCCCUGCUGGCUCUCACCAACCUGCGGACACUUGACCUGCAGCAUAACAACCUGAGAACUCUGGAGGAACUGCUCAGCCUGGCUCAUCUGCGACGUCUGUCUUGCCUCAGACUCGCCUAUAACCGUGUUCUGGCGUUACCGGCUAGCGUCGGUGUGCUGCGAGGCCUGGAGCUCCUAGAUCUAUCCAACAACCAGCUCCAAAGCCUUCCCCCGGCACUCUUCACUCUCCGCCAUCUACGAAGGCUCCUUCUGGCUGGUAACCUGUUGGAGGUGCUGCCUGCGGAGGUGAAAGCUCUGCAGCUGCUCACAGAGCUGGACCUCAGCGGGAACAGGGUGGAGAGCCUUCCCCCGCAGCUCUUCAGCAGCUGUUUGGAGCUACACAUCCUUAAUGUGGCACACAACUCUCUCGGCUCAUUACCCAGGGGGAUCGCAGCUUUAAGUCGGCUGUGCAGGUUGGACUUGCGCAGCAACAGUCUAGAGGAACUGCCCGCUGAGUUGGGCUGUUGCACAGGGCUGCAUGGAGGCGGUCUCCUGGUGGAGGACUGGCUGUUUCUUUCUUUGCCUCCCCAGGUCAGGGACGUCCUGAGCCGUUCUUGCCCCGCCUCUGGUACAUACCCAGAGAGUCGUUCCCGACCAGAGUCUGACAGUUCCCAUACUUCUCUCCUACACAGUGGAGUUUCUCUUCUGCUCUGGAAUCACAGAUAUAACAACCCAUUCUCACUCCCAACUCGUCAAAUACAGACGCUUGGGCAAUGGCUCUCAGCAUCAGAGACAACGCAAAAAGCACCCUUCUGCCGUCUGUAUGGAAGACACUGGGCAGAGCAGCAGCUCCACGGCGCUGUAAGUGUGGCCUUCUGGGAACAUGAGUUUGACCCCCCCCCUGCCGUACAGACAACGUAA